UGUGAAUGGGCGACUGUCGUAUCGGCAGUGAACACGUGUGCUUGGUUAAUUAAUUAUUGGUUGUUGUUCGAGGACUUGGAACGGAAUAUCGAUCGUUUGUUAUUAUUUAAUAGCUUAUUUGGUGAAGAAUUGCUCAAGAGAAGUUCCAUUCCACGUAUUGAAUCACUCUCACUGACUUCAAACAUGAAUUUUGUCCAUUAAAAGCCUCCUGACCUCGAUGGGUUUGGCCUCAAUCGUUGAUUAGCCAUCGCAGAGGCUUCGAAACCUCACUUUCAGAUGAACAAAACAAUGAAGUCGCUUUUAGUGUUCAUCCCCAGGAACUUCUGCAUCGAAUCUCCUGGAUAUAUAAAAGGAAAAGUUGUUUAUGACCAGGAGAGUGAGAGCAAGAAAUUCUACAUAAUUGGAACACAAUCACCCUCUCGAGGAACUCCAAAAAUCCAUUCCGACCUGAUUGGAUAUUAUUCCAAUUCCAAUGAGGUAUCCAAGGUCGAUAAGCGAAUGUGCGACUGGAUAGAGAUCUCCUCGACACCCUCAAAGGGUAAAAAAUCAAACGAUUAUUAUUUAAAAAGUGUGACUGUGGACAAUCAGAGGAUAGAAAUGACCCUGAAUACGCAGCACACUGUCAAAAUAAUUUACGAUCAGGUGGGACUGUUGAAGGCCGAGUUAUUCGGGAGUGAUGAUCAUCCGGGUAAUCACUUCCUGGAACUGAAGGACAUCCUCGAGAGGAGGAAGAUCGAAGUUCAGGCAAAAGGGGUUUUUGUGGGGAUUAUGGAGAGUCUCCUCAUGUACACGCUUUCAUGCUUCAUGUAUCCUGUGACGUUUCUUGGGGAGGUAACCAAUAAGUUAAUGCCUGUACUCAAGUACUCCACUCUGGGACUCCAUGUCAAUGGGUGGCUGGAGAACACCAAGUGGAUGUUGGCUACCGUCAUUCAGGAGAGGAGAGUCAACUUGAAAACUAGGAAUCAUAUUUUAGCUACAAUGUUUGAUGUAACAUUGGGAGUGAUGGCUUUAAGAUUACUUCUGCAUUAUAUUGGGGGAAUACCACCGUCGCAUAUUUUACUGGAUAAUGCUGAGAAAGUCGUUGAAUCAUUGAAGAGUCUCUUCCACUGGCUGAUGGGCUCACCAGCAGGACUAAAAUUGAAUCACUCCUUCAACAAAAUGUUGGGAAAAUUCUUCCUCUAUCACAUUCACCUUUGGUGGACAUUCCUAGUCUCAAUAAAACCAGUCAUGGAUUUUUUCUUCGAAGUACUACUCUUGUUUGGUAGAUUGGGAAUAACAUUCCAAAUAUCAAUCGCUGCUGAUCUUCUGGCACUUGUCAGCUUCCACACCUAUUGUAUCUAUAUUUACGCAGCUAGACUAUUCAAUAUUCAAAUACGAGGCUUAACAGCUCUGUUUCGCCUCUUCCUUGGCAAGAAGAGAAAUCCGCUGAGAGAACGCGUUGACUCUUGUCAGUAUCAGGCUGAUCAACUAUUCGUUGGAACUCUUUUAUUCACUAUUAUUUUAUUUCUCAUGCCGACCACGUGGGUUUACUACUCAGUUUUCACUACAUUGAGGUUAAUCCUCAUCGGUCUCGGAGGAUUUCUCACGAGACUACGGUUUUACCUUCAAGUGAUUCCUGCUUAUACCUUCUUCUGCUGGGUCUUUCGAUCCAGAAGCACAAACAGCUCAGUAAAAUUGCUGAUGAAAUCCAGGGAUAAUACCGGUGCAAUAACUUUGCUGAUGACAACUGUAGCUGCAUCUUGGAGAGACACCUGGAAACGAUGCAUUCCAGAUACCCUCAUCUAUCAUCCUUCCAUAGAGUGGGGAGUGAUUGUGAAUAAUAUAUUCUGGGGUCAAUUGCUUUAUCCUUUGUAAAUGAAUGAACUCAAUUUAAUUGAUUCAUUUAAUCGAAUGGGUUGAUUCCAUCAAUUAAAUUAAUCCGUGAUGAACAAAAAUGAAAAGAUCCAAUGCAAAUUGAAUAAAUAAAUGCAUUAUUUUGUAUUAUUAGCACAUGA